GCCAACGCAGCGUUGACUGUGUCGGGAAUAACAAAGAAGAAGGGGGAGUACUAAAGAUGGCGGAGAAUAGCGGCACAGAUCGUACAGAGGAUACUAACGUAAAUAAAAAUGUUGCUCCCGGAGGGUCGUUGAUUGUGGUCACCGUCAAAACGCCUCAAGGAAAAGAGGACAUUGCGAUUUCGGAGGACUCCUCUGUCGCCCAGUUUAAACAGGAGGUGUCCAAAAGGUUCGAGGCCAAGCAGGACCAGCUGGUGCUGAUAUUUACUGGAAAGAUUCUAAAGGAUGGUGAUACUUUGAAGCAGCAUGGUAUCAAAGAUGGGCACACGGUUCAUCUUGUUAUCAGGACGGCCCCAAAAUCAACAGGUGGCAGUGCAUCUCAGACGAGUUCCAGCGCUGCACCACCUCAACAAAACACCGGCAGCACCAACCCCUCUGUAGCAGGCGGCACAAGAGUUGACACGAGUCAAACACCAACACAAGCUGCUAAUGCAAUGAGUGGGCUCGGUGACCUCUCUGGCUUGUUAGGUCUCGGCAUGGGUUCCUCCAACUUCAUGGAGAUGCAGCAGCAGGUGCAGAGGCAGCUGAUGUCCAACCCACAGAUGCUGUCGCAGCUCAUGGGGAACCCGCUGGUUCAGAACAUGAUGUCCAACCCAGACCUGAUGAGACAGAUGUUUGCCGGCAAUCCUCAGAUGCAGCAGCUCAUGGAACGAAACCCUGACGUCUCCCGUGUUUUCAGCAACCCUGACCUCAUGAGACAGAUGCAGAAUCCCGAAACACUUUCUAUGCUGACCAACCCCAGGGCCAUGCAGGCCCUCAUACAGAUCCAACAGGGUCUGCAGACAUUACAGGCCGAAGUCCCAGGUUUCAUGUCCAGUUUGUCUCCAGGAGGCCUCACAGUUCCUCCAACCACAGGGGGCAGUGUCCCUCCAGCGCAGCCUCCCUCUCCUGCUGCGGCAUCAGGAUCCAGUCCCUCACAGCAACAGCUCAUGCAGCAGAUGUUACAGAUGUUUUCGGGCGGGGGAGCAUCACUUCAGACCCCGGAGGUUCGUUUCCAGCAACAGCUUGACCAGCUCAACGCCAUGGGCUUCAUCAACCGCGAAGCCAACCUGCAGGCACUCAUCGCCACAGGAGGGGAUGUCAACGCAGCCAUUGAGAGACUACUGGCCUAACUCACUCAGCUGGGGUUGAGGGUGGAGGACUAGUAGAGUUGGGGACUGGCAUGGGAGAUUAAAAAAUAUAUAUAUUAAUAAAAUAAAUGAAUGCAGUGUCCUCCGUUACAUUUAAGUCUGAGCUCACCCCCAGAUAGACUAGGGGGUGUACCUGUCACUUUUAAUCGCUUCAGCUGAUCUGUAAAUCAUAAGGAUAAAAAGAGAGGUUGAGGAAGAGUGUUGCCAGUUUGAGUCUCCAACACGGUUAGUCUUAGCAGUACUGUUAUUGUGGAAUCCAACCACGACUAUCAUUGCCACUGUGUUUCUCCUGCCAGUGCAGCCGGAGGGGAAUUCUGUCAUGACAAGUGCUCCUUCACUUGACUUCUGCAUGAGGUUACCAAGAAAUUAACAUUAAAUACCUGUUUUUACAUUAUUUAAUUCUAACAGAGUGUAUCUAUGUGGUGACGUUAGAGAGUUUUGAAUCAGGGUGUUGUUGCAGUAGGUUGGAUGAUGUUCCUUUGUCUUUUCUGUCAGGACAACCAGCUUGUUUUUAACAUGAUUCUUUUUUUUUCUUUUUUUUUUUUUCCCCCUACCCUUGAGCCUUACUGUUGCUUGAUUGAUCUGUAUUUAUUAAGUUAUGUCUUCACUUAGUUUUUAAUUUUUUAAUUUUUAAUUUUUUUUUUUUUAAAUCCUGACAGAUUCUUUACACAAACUGUUCUAAGUACUUCAUCUUAUUUGUACGGUUGUGACUGCUGCCUAAAUGUUUUCAGGAGGAGCAAAAAGUGAAAGUUUUCAGGUUGUAGGACCAAGGCUAUUAUAGGUCUAGAAUAGGGUCGGUCGAUAUGACAAUAUAAACUGCAGAGGAAAACUUGAAAAAUCUUGCGAUACCCAGGCACGUAUCCCUUUAAUAUCUCUGUUAUACAUUACGCCAUUGCCAGCAGCAUUGCCAAAUUAUAUUAUUACAAUACUGGAUUUCCAGACUUUGUCUGAUUUCUCAGGUUUUUCAUUCAAAGAAUUAGCCAGAACAGUAAUUUCCAUCUGAUUAUGAUUAUUACUGAUUAAGAAUGAAAAGCCAUUUUUACAAUAAAAUGGCUGUGUAUUUCCAUACAAGCAAUGUAGUGCCUAAAUACAACUGUUGGUAUCUGCAAAUAUAUUUCAAAAUGAUACAUGGAAUCUAUGGUUUUAUGUCUACAUAUGGACUGUUUUUCAACCAAAUAAAUGACUUGCAAUA